AUGAGUGUUUCAGAAACGCACAAGUCUAUUAUGACACAAAUGACUCUCCCACUCUCAGAGGGAGGAAGCCCCUCUGGGUCCUUCAAGGUCGAGGAAGUUGGUGAAUCUGAUGCUGGGCCUAGAGCACCCACGAAUAAACCUUUGUCGGCACAUUCCUUAGACACCGAAGAUCAAUCGACACCUGGCAGCAUGAGAAUACUUCAUAGACAAACGAGUGCUCCAAAUGUGUGCAAGAUAUUAGAAGACCCGGCAGCAGACUGUUUGCCCAGUGUUCCGAGAAGAAGGAGAUCCUAUACAUCUGAGUUUUCAGAUAUACAAGGUCGGACUCUUGAUGUCGCCAUUCCGGCGGCUGAAGAAGACGAAACGAUACAAGACUCGAAUCAUCAUCAUGAUGAUGAUGAUGAUUUAUCCUCUAGACCUCCAAUGGAUAGGACGGUAUCAAGAAGACUAUCAGAUUCUGAACGGAGAUUUGAAGCCACGGAGGAUACCAUUGCUCCUCCCGUUCGGGUGGGCAGCAUUGCUUCGAUAGUGAGCCAUGGGUCAAAUCAUUCUUCUGAGACUGCAACAAAUGAAGCUAUGGAAUCCAUGAUUCUAUCUCAAAUCCCAGAACACAUUCGGAAUCAAAUGACACCAGAAAUGUGGAAGAAAAUAUUUACAGUGAAUGCCAUCAGCAAGCGCUCAGAAGUUGCUUCAGUCUGUUCCGACAUCACAGAUGACCUUCGAUCCGCGAAAAGCCUGUCCACGAAAAGCUUUCUAUCUCCUCCGGCCAAGCGGAGCUCAAUCGACUUCACCGGCGAAGUCAGUCCUAUCAACGACGACGAGCUCGGCAUGGUCAGAGAAAACCUCGAGUCGCACUCUACCUUCCGAACAGAAGACUCCAAUGAUCUUCUCAGUCAAGCUACUCCUUCGAGCUACCAAAGCAUCCCCAGCUCCACCACCAAGGAUGAAGAUACCGCAGCUUCUCCAUCUUCCCCAGCCAUGAUGAGCCCUCCCACCAGGAAGCCAUCCAGCUCCAGGUCGUCGGCAAAUGAGCCCCCCAAGACUGCAAUAAGACCGCGCCGUGGAAGCGCUGACCAUCGUGCUGCUCGCGAUAAAAUUCGAGUCAAAAAGUCAAAAGGCGAUGCUCCCCCGCGUCCCCCCCAGAAGAAUCGAUCUAUCGGAAGAGAAACAGAUGCCUCUGUAUCAGACGACCAACCCUCCUCUGGACGUCGGGUUCCCAAGAAGCGUAAAUUCUCUGUCCGUUUUAAUCCACAAGCUGACGUGAGGAAUUUUGAGCGUGUACUUGAAGUCCACCCCAGUACUUCUUCUGGACCCAGCGUUGGGAUCGGAUGGGCCUUUGACGAGAGCACUGAAAAACUCACUUUUGGUCGGCCUCCAAACAGGCGUAGUAGUGACAUGUUGCUGUCCCGACAAACACGAGAACGCAUGGUCCGCGUGGAAUUGGGGUACUCGGCCAAGGAAAUUGCUCGGGCCGUUCGUGAGACCUUGAAGAUCAAGAAUCAACGGCGCCGUACCGUCAAUAACCUUCAAGAAUACGGCAGCUUUGCUCCCGUCGAAAAGGUGGAGUACUUGAUGGAAAAGUGUCAACGCAAGUUGGGUCGGCUGCGAUUGGGACGAAAAGCCUGA